UGAUCCUGCGCUCCAACACCUCCCAUCAAUUCCUCUGAAGAAGACUUCCGGUGGUGAUAAUGGCGGUGGCAUGGUGAAUCCCACGGAAAGAGAAAAAUUCUGGCCGCCUUCGUCCUCUCCCAUCGAUUCAGGGCAGAUUUAUAUGCGAUUUAGGCUUUGACAGCUUAAGCCCCGUACAGUGGAUUUUGCAGCACAAGCACGGUGUGUCUUCCCGCUUGGCCAUGGCGGCUCACAAACCAGUGGAAUGGGUCCAGGCCGUGAUUACUAGAUUUGAUGAGCAGGGUUCCCACCACCCUCCUCAAAAUUGCUCAGUGCCAGUGAAAGCAAUACAGACACCGUCAGGCCGUGACAGAGCUUCCAAUCAAAGUUGGGCACCAGAACACUCACACGAAAAUCAGCACGGAGCACAACAAAGAAUGUCUGAUCAACAUCUCAAAAUACAAGUUUUCACUCGUCAUUAGCGGCCUCACUUCCAUCCUUAAAAAUGUCAAUAACAUGCGUAUAUUUGGGGAAGCAUCUGAGAAAAACCUCUACCUCUCACAGCUCAUCAUCCUGGACACAUUGGAGAAGUGCCUGGCUGGGCAAUCCAAGGACAGCUUGCGCCUGGAUGAGACCAUGCUGGUCAAACAGCUUUUGCCUGAGAUCUGCCAUUUUAUCCACACUUACCGAGAAGGCCAUCAGCAUGUAACUGAACUCCGAACCUCUGCCUCAGCUGUUCUUUUCUCUCUUAGCUGCAACAACUUCAACGCAGUUUUCAGCCGCAUUUCCACCAGGCUCCAGGAGCUGACAGUGUGCUUGGAGGACAAUGUGGACGUUCAUGAUAUCGAGCUGAUGCAGUACAUAAAUGUGGACUCCUUCAAGCUGAAAAAGCUACUACAAGAAACUGUUCUCAAAUUUAAAGCGCUUAAAAAGCCUGCGCAACUGGCAGUCAUCAACAGUUUAGAGAAGGCAUUUUGGAACUGGGUCGAGAAUUAUCCCGAUGAAUUCACCAUGCUCUACCAACGUCCUCAAGCAGAUAUGGCAGAAGCUGCUGAGAAACUGUUUGACCUGGUCGACAACUUUGCAGAGAGUGCCAAGAGGAAGGCAGCAGUGUGGCCGCUUCAGAUCAUUCUCCUCAUCCUCUGCCCAGAGAUCACGCACACCAUCUCCAAAGACAGCGUGGACGGAAGCAAGGCAAACAAGAAGUUGUUUUUGGACAGUUUACGUAAAGCUUUAGCCGGUCAAGGUGGUAGCAAGCAGCUGAUGGAGAGUGCUGCGAUUGCUUGUGUCAAACUGUGUAAAGCCUCCACUUACAUUAACUGGGAGGAUCACUCCACCAUUUUUCUUCUGGUCCAAUCUAUUGUCAUGGAUCUCAAGGCAUUGCUGUUCAACCCAGCUAAACCAUUCUGGCGGGGGGCAGGUGGCCAGAAUGCUGACGUUGAGCUUAUGAUGGACUGCUUUGUCUCCUGUUUCCGCAUCAAUCCCCACAACAACCAGCACUUUAAGGUCUGUUUAGCCUCCUCUUCGCCCUCUACCUUCCACUUUGUUCUGGUCAACUCAUUGCAUAGAAUAAUCACCAAUUCUCAUCUUGACUGGUGGCCCAAAAUUGAUGCUGUGUACUGCCACUCUGGAGAGCUCCGUUUUAUGUUCUCAGACACACUAAACCGGGUCAUCCAAGGCAUUGGUACCCAUGCUCCUCUACGCAUGACGCCGAGUCUGACUUUCAAAGGGAAGAUGACAACCAGCCUUAAGUUCAAAGAGAAAACCACAGACCUGGACACUAGAAGUUACAAGUGCCUCCUCCUAGCUUUGGUCAAACUCAUCCAUGCUGACCCCAAACUCAUGUUGCAUAACCCAGUAAAACAAGCUCCAGAGAUGCAGAGCACCACAGCUGAACUCAUCAUUGGCUUGGUGCAACUUGUGCCUCUGACCAACACCACACAGCUCUCACAAGAAGCUAUGGAGGCUCUUUUGGUGCUGCACCAGCCAGAGACCAUUGAGCAGUGGAAUCCAGAUGCUCCAAUAGAGACUUUCUGGGAUAUCAGUUCACAGGUGCUGUUUCUCAUCUGUCGCAAGCUGAUUGGCCAGCAGAUGGUCAACGGGACCGAAGUUCUCAAGUGGCUGAGAGAGAUCCUAAUCUGCAGAAAUAAAUUUCUACUUAAGAACAAGGAGUGUGCCACCAUGGGUGGAGGUAUUCCUAUCUGCAGGCAGGCACAGACCAAACUUGAAGUAUGUCUUUACAUGUUCCUGUGGAGUCCGGACACAGAGGCAGUGUUAGUUGCCAUGUCAUGUUUCCGCCACCUAUGUGAGGAGGCGGACAUCCGCAGUGCUGCUGACGAGGUGUCCGUCCAAACCAUCCUGCCCAACUUUGCCACUUUCAGUGAACUUGCCUCCAUUAGCAACAUGAUGGGAACAGGUCGGUCUACAUUGCAAAAGCGAGUAAUGGCCUUGCUUAGGAGGAUUGACCAUCCCACACCAGGAAACAUUGAGGCUUGGGAGGACACAUAUGCAAAAUGGGACCAAGCAACAAAACAGAUCCUGAACUCCCCAAAAAACAAGGCAGAUGAUGGGCAGCAGGAGUGGAUCAACAUGACAGGCUUCCUCUGUGCCCUUGGUGGUGUAUGUCUCCAGCAACGCAGCACCCCUGGUCCAGCAACCUAUAGUCCACCAAUGAGCUCCAUGAGUGAGCGCAAGCAUUCAAUGAUCUCCAUGGGCCCAUGUGAGAUCUCCAACCCUUUGGUGUCAGCCUCCUGUUCCUCAUCAGCUACCAGUGAGACACCGGUUAGCCGCUUUAUAGACCGGCUACUGGCCUUGCUGGUGUGUGGCCAUGAAAGAGUCGGCCUUCAUGUCCGUACCAAUGUCAAAGACUUGCUAGGGCUGGAACUUAGCCCCGCCCUUUACCCAAUGCUUUUCAACAAGUUAAGGAACAGCAUUGGCAAAUUCUUUGAGACACAGGGACCGGUUCCUAUCAAUGACACAAACACGCAAUUUGUGGAGCAGACUAUUGCGAUCAUGAAGAAUCUGCUUGACAAUCACACAGAAGGCAGCUCUGAGCACCUGGGGCAGGCUAGCAUUGAAACUAUGAUGCUCAACUUGGUUAGGUAUGUUCGCAUUCUUAGCAACGUGGUCCAUGCAAUCCACAUCAAAACCAAGUUGUGCCAGCUGGUUGAAGUAAUGAUGGAGAGGCGUGAUGACCUUUCUUUUUGCCAGGAGAUGAAGUUCAGGAACAAGAUGGUGGAAUACCUGACAGACUGGGUGAUGGGGACGUCCAAUCAAGCAGCUGAUGAUGACAUCAAGUGUUUGACAAGGGACCUUGACCAAGCCAGUAUGGAGGCAGUUGUGUCUUUGCUUGCUGGUCUUCCACUGCAGCCAGAGGAGGGAGAUGGAGUGGAGCUGAUGGAAGCCAAGUCCCAGCUAUUUCUAAAAUACUUCACCCUGUUCAUGAAUCUGCUAAAUGAUUGCAGUGAGGUAGAGGAUGAGGGCCAGGCAGUGGGUGGUUGCAAAAGGGGAAUGUCACGACGCCUUGCCUCCCUUCGCCACUGUACUGUCCUGGCCAUGUCCAACCUCCUCAAUGCUAAUGUAGACAGCGGCUUGAUGCACUCAAUUGGUCUGGGUUACCAUAAAGACCUACAAACUCGAGCUACAUUCAUGGAAGUGCUGACCAAGAUUUUGCAGCAGGGAACGGAGUUUGACACAUUAGCUGAGACUGUGCUGGCUGACCGCUUUGAGAGGCUGGUUGAGCUGGUCACCAUGAUGGGAGAUCAGGGAGAACUGCCUAUCGCCAUGGCACUUGCUAAUGUUGUCCCAGGAUCCCAGUGGGACGAGCUUGCCCGGGUCCUGGUGACACUGUUCGACUCUCGUCACCUCCUUUACCAACUUCUAUGGAACAUGUUCUCCAAAGAGGUGGAGCUUGCUGACUCAAUGCAGACCCUUUUUAGGGGAAACAGCUUGGCAAGCAAAAUAAUGACCUUUUGCUUCAAGGUCUAUGGAGCAGCGUACCUGCAAAAGUUACUGGAUCCUUUAUUAAAAGGGGUCAUCACUACCCCAGAACACAUCAGUUUUGAGGUGGACCCUACAAGACUGGAACAAGGUGAGAACUUGGAAGAAAAUCAGAGAAACCUGUUGCAGAUCACUGAGCGCUUCUUCCAUGCCAUCACUGGCUCAUCCAGCGAGUUCCCUCCACAGCUUCGCAGCGUCUGCCACUGUCUCUACCAGGCUACUUGCCACUCUCUACUGAAUAAGGCAACUGUAAAAGAAAAAAAGGAAAACAAAAAAGCAGUCGUGAGUCAGAGGUUCCCACAGAACAGUAUUGGUGCAGUGGGCAGUGCCAUGUUUCUCCGUUUUGUCAAUCCGGCUAUCGUAUCCCCUUAUGAGGCAGGAAUCUUGGAAAAAAAGCCCAUGCCCAGGGUAGAACGAGGUCUAAAACUCAUGUCCAAGAUUUUGCAGAGCAUCGCCAACCAUGUCUUGUUUACAAAAGAAGAGCACAUGAGGCCUUUUAAUGAUUUUGUGAAAAGCAACUUUGAUUCAGCUCGGAGUUUUUUCUUAGACAUAGCAUCAGACUCUCCACCUAGUGACUCUGUGAACCACAGUCUGUCCUUCAUCAGUGAUGGUAAUGUGCUAGCACUACAUCGACUGUUAUGGAACAACCAAGAGAGAAUUGGCCAGUACCUCUCGAGCAACAGAGACCAUAAGGCUGUAGGCAGGCGUCCUUUUGACAAAAUGGCAACCUUGCUGGCCUACCUAGGGCCUCCUGAACACAAACCCGUGGCUGACACUCACUGGUCCAGCCUCAACCUGACCAGUUCCAAAUUUGAGGAAUUCAUGACCAGGCACCAGGUACACGAAAAAGAGGAAUUUAAAGCCUUGAAAACCCUCAACAUUUUCUACCAGGCAGGGACCUCAAAGACUGGCAAUCCAGUGUUCUACUAUGUAGCUCGCAGAUUCAAAACUGGACAGAUAAACGGAGACCUGCUAAUCUACCAUGUACUCCUUACUCUGAAACCAUACUAUGCCAAGCCCUAUGAGAUUGUGGUGGACUUGACUCAUGUGGGCCCCAGUAACCGCUUCAAGACUGACUUUUUGUCCAAGUGGUUUGUGGUCUUUCCGGGUUUUGCCUAUGAAAAUGUGGCUGCUGUCUAUGUGUACAAUUGCAAUACUUGGGUAAGAGAGUACACUAAAUACCAUGAGCGUCUACUGACCGGCUUGAAGGGAAGCAAGCGGCUCCAGUUCAUCGAUUCACCAGCUAAGCUUGCUGAACACAUAGAACCUGACCAACAAAAGCUCCCUGCUGCCACACUCACUCUGGAAGAAGAUCUCAAAGUGUUCCAUAAUGCUCUGAAACUUGCUCACAAAGACACCAAGGUCUCAAUAAAGGUUGGCUCAACAGCUGUGCAGGUGACCUCAGCUGAACGGACGCGUGUUCUGGGGCAGCCUGUCUUCCUUAAUGAUGUCUACUAUGCCUCAGAGAUUGAAGAGAUUUGUCUGGUCGAUGAGAGCCAGUUCACCCUCACCAUGGCCAACCAGGGCACACCACUUACUUUCAUGCAUCAAGAAUGUGACGCAAUCGUUCAGUCUAUCAUCCAUAUUCGAACACGAUGGGAGCUAUCUCAGCCGGAUUCAAUUCCCCAGCACACUAAGAUCCGGCCUAAAGAUGUUCCCGGCACGCUGCUUAAUAUCGCUCUGCUCAACCUGGGCAGUUCUGACCCUAGUCUCAGGUCUGCAGCUUAUAAUCUAUUGUGUGCUUUGACUUGCACGUUCAACCUAAAGAUAGAAGGCCAGUUGUUGGAGACAUCAGGCCUCUGCAUUCCAGCCAACAACACUCUUUUCAUAGUCUCCAUCAGUAAGACACUCGCAGCCAAUGAACCUCAUCUGACGCUAGAGUUUCUGGAGGAGUGCAUCUCUGGAUUCAGCAAAUCCAGUAUUGAGCUGAAGCAUCUUUGUUUGGAGUACAUGACACCCUGGCUGCUAAACCUUGUUCGCUUUUGUAAGCACAAUGAUGAUGCCAAGCGCCAGCGUGUCACUGCCAUUUUGGACAAGCUCAUCACCAUGACCAUUAACGAAAAGCAGAUGUAUCCCUCUAUCCAAGCAAAGAUCUGGGGCAGCUUGGGCCAGAUAACAGAUCUGUUGGAUGUGGUGUUAGACAGCUUCAUCAAAACCAGUGCCACUGGAGGCCUUGGCUCUAUCAAGGCUGAGGUGAUGGCUGAUACUGCAGUUGCUUUGGCAUCAGGAAAUGUCAAACUGGUCUCCAGUAAGGUUAUCAGUCGAAUGUGUAAGAUCAUAGACAAGACCUGCUUGUCACCAACACCAACAUUGGAGCAGCACCUGAUGUGGGAUGACAUUGCCAUUUUGGCCCGUUACAUGCUCAUGCUUUCGUUCAACAACUCGCUGGAUGUUGCUGCCCAUCUGCCGUACCUAUUCCACGUCGUUACCCUGCUGGUAGCAACUGGACCACUUUCUCUCAGGGCCUCUACCCAUGGCUUGGUCAUCAACAUCAUUCAUUCCCUCUGUACUUGCUCCCAGCUUAACUUCAGUGAGGAGACAAAGCAGGUUCUGCGGUUGAGCCUCACUGAAUUCUCCUUGCCCAAGUUCUACCUGCUUUUUGGCAUCAGCAAAGUCAAGUCAGCAGCUGUCAUUGCCUUCCGCUCUAGCUACAGAGACCGCUCCUUCUCCCCAGGAUCAUACGAAAGGGAGACUUUUGCCCUUUCCUCCUUGGAGACUGUCACCGAGGCCUUACUAGAAAUAAUGGAGGCUUGUAUGAGGGACAUCCCAGCCUGUAAGUGGUUAGACCAAUGGACAGAGCUUGCAAAAAAGUUUGCAUUCCAGUACAACCCAUCUCUCCAGCCCCGAGCCCUGGUAGUGUUUGGUUGCAUUAGUAAAAGGGUGAGCCAUGGUCAGAUCAAGCAGAUUAUCCGAAUACUCAGUAAAGCCAGCCCUCUUCUCAGCAUAGACCGGGGUCUUGAGAGCUGUCUGAAGGGGCCUGACAAUUACAACAGCCAAGUAUUAAUUGAAGCCACUGUCAUUGCACUGACAAAACUGCAGCCUCUGCUCAGUAAGGGGUCUCCUAUGCACAGGGCGCUGUUCUGGGUUGCAGUGGCUGUACUACAGCUGGAUGAAGUGAACCUGUAUUCUGCUGGGACUGCUUUGAUGGAGCAGAACCUCCACACCCUGGACACAAUGCAUGUCUUCAAUGACAAGAGUCCGGAAGAAGUGUUCAUGGAGAUCAGACGUCCUUUGGAAUGGCACUGUAAGCAGAUGGACCACUUUGUGGGACUGAACUUUAGUGCUAACUUCAACUUUGCACUUGUAGGCCACCUUCUCAAAGGUUACAGACACCCAUCAGCCAACACAGUAGCGAGAACAGUGAGAAUCCUUCACACACUUUUGACUCUCAUCAGCAAGCAUUUGAAAUGUGACAAGUUUGAAGUCAACACCCAGAGUGUGGCUUAUUUAGCUGCACUGCUCACUGUGUCUGAGGAGGUCCGAAGUCGUUGCAGUCUUAAACACAGGAAGUCGCUCCUAAUCUCAGAUCUCUCGAUGGAUCCAGUACCUAUGGACACCUACUCCAGUGUAAUCAGUGAUUCCAGCUGCAGGACACUCCGAGAAACUCAACCUUGGACAUCCCCUCAGGUUUCAGAGCGCUACCUUUCAGCUCACCACUACCCUACAGCGGGCCAAAUAAGCCCACGUACACGCAAGUCAAUGAGCCUGGACAUGGGACAGCCUUCCCAGGCCACGACAAAGAAGCUUUUGGGCACCAGAAAGAGCUUUGAUCAUCUCAUAUCAGACUCUAAAGCUCCAAAGAGACCGGAAAUGGAAUCAGGCAUGACCACACCUCCCAAAAUGAGGCGUGUUGCAGAAAAUGAUUAUGAGAUAGAGACGCAAAGAAUAGGAAACUCUCACCUUCGGAAGGUUUCUGUCUCUGAGUCAAAUGUUUUACUGGAUGAGGAGGUGCUGACUGACCCUAAGAUCCAGGCUCUCCUUCUCACUGUGCUGGCCACCCAGGUCAAAUAUACCACAGAUGAUUUUGAUCAGCGGAUUCUCUAUGAGUACUUGGCUGAAGCUAGCGUUGUCUUCCCAAAGGUUUUUCCUGUUGUGCACAACUUGCUGGACUCCAAGAUCAAUACUGUGCUGUCCAUGUGCCAGGACACAAACCUCCUGAACCCUGUCCAUGGCAUUGUCCAGAGUGUGGUGUAUCAUGAGGAGUCUCCACCACAGUAUCAGCCCUCCUAUUUACAAAGCUUUGGUUUUAAUGGACUCUGGAGGUUUGCUGGUCCUUUCUCAAAGCAAACCCAAAUACCAGAUUACGCCGAGCUAAUUGUCAAGUUCUUGGAGGCAUUGAUUGACAGCUACCUGCCUACAGCUGAGGAGGAGCGAGGGGAGGAGCAGCUGCGGACGCCGACCUCCCCUUAUCCCCCCACCAGUCAGAGCCAGCUCAGCAUCACUGCCAACCUCAACCUGUCUAACUCCAUGACCUCACUGGCCACCUCGCAGCACUCACCAGGUGUGGAUAAAGAAAAUGUCCAGUUGUCCCCCAGCUCAGCUAUGUCCAGCGGAGGUCGCACUCGCCACGGCUCGGCCAGUCAGGUCCAGAAGCAACGCAGCGCCGGCAGCUUCAAAAGACCCAGCAUCAAGAAGAUUGUCUGAUCUCGUCACGGCCCCGCCUUCUUUCUCCUCUUAUCCCGCCCCAUCUGCCGACUUGGCUUCAUGCUGCAUUUAGCUUUUUACUUUUUCAAAUCCUCCUACAGCGUGGUCGCCAUUGGGGGCAAUUGUGGGAAUUUUCAAUCGAGUCCGUUUUCUGCUGCUUGAGAUUAUUUGCAAAGAUUCAAGAUGAGGUGCAGCACCAGAGAAGUUUGAAACUCCUGCAGAGAAGAAGGCUACAAGUAAAGCAUGACACUAAUGCCUAUCAACUCCCACGGCCCAAGACAAGCUGGAGGCUCUUUUUGGUCAAAUGUUCCCGUGUGCAGCAAGGGAUGGACCACGGACCAGACUUGUCCUGUGAAGAACCCUCCUUGUCUGAGCAGAUGCCAAGCUCCUUUCUGUGCUUUGCAGAGACAGAAAUACGAAGAUAUUGGCGUUUUCUCCAUAGUGUGCCUUUGUUGGGAUUUUCAAUGUGUACAAUUUGUAAAGUAAACGCCAAACCUUGGUGUGGACACAGAACAGGUACUAAUUACUGCGGUGCAAUGUGGACAUCACAACAGGCCUCCAGUGUUUGUAAGACACACAAUCAUUGCCUGGAAGUAUUUCAUCCUGUACAGCGAGACACUCAAAUACUGUUUAACGCAGAAACACAACUUUUGUAAAUAGCUCGGAGCUGAGUGUGUUUAUUUUUGCCAAAUCUUGUUGCUUUUUUGUGUGUGUGAUCCGUUUUUUCAGCAAUGUGCAGUUUUAAUUUGUUUGGACAAGGACAAACGUAUUAAGGCAACGUUCAUCACGUCUCAAACUUCUUUGAUUUGUCCAAUCGGUAGACGUAUAAUUGGCAUUUUCUUACAAGGUUUCCUUCGUUAUUUUAAUCCUUAGUAAAUUGCAAAAAGGUAAUGCGUUUCAAAUCAUACAUUCACUGUUUGCAAUUCAACUUUCAUGGUCUCACCACAUUUGCAGAUUUUUGGUCCAGGAAAGAUUUUUUUUUAUUUGUACAGAAAUCUCAUUGCAUUCACCUCAGGUCAGUAAUACCAUAGAAAAAUGUCCUUACUAAAGUACAACAGGUGGAUUGUGAACACAUUGGGGAAAGGCCAGCUCUAUAAGCCCCCUGCUAGCCGCUUACGACAAGAUGGAGGAAGCGCUGUUGUAGCUCAAACCUAACGACCAGGCUCAAGGCGCUCGUCUUUCAUGACCUUUCAAUAUCCACGUUGUCAUUUAAAAAGUGGCCGCGGCAUGUUAUAGGUCUUAAACGUGUUCUUAGCGAACAAUAGCAUUUAAAAAAUAUAAUACUGCAAAUUUUGAUCCGGAAUUGGAGAAGAUUGUCAAGGUAUUUGUAAGAGUUGGCAUAAUCCAGGCAUUAUCAGGUGUGAAAAAUAAGCAUUCGUUGACGUCUCAGUUAAGUUUGGCGCUGUUCGCAAGUUGUCUCGGAAUGCGAUUUAGAAAAGCUCACUGGACUUAAGUCCAUGACCGAUUAUAGGAAAAAUCCAAAAACUAAUAUGUCAAUUUGUCCUUGUAAAAAGAUAGGAUCAUUGUUUAUUUUAAUCUUGUAGAAUAUUGCAUUGAGCAAAAAUAACGAUGCUUGGAGAUAUGCUACAGCUCAACCAAUCACAUGAUCUUCAUUAGGUCCACUAUUUUUUGAGUCAACCCUCCAACUCACUAGCAAACGUAUGUUUAUAGUGAGGUUUAACACCUGUAUUACAGGAAUGUCUAAAGUCGUCAUUUUUGGCCCACAACUGUGUUUCUAUUGGCCUGCUUCAUAUUCUAAAAAUUAAAUAAAUCCAUAAUUUUGAUAUAUUGGAUCAGUGAUUCCCAAACUUUUUUCACCAAGUACCACCUCAGAAAAAACUUAAGCUCUCUAAGUACCACCAUAGUGACCAAAAUUAAAAGUGCACUUGGCCAAAGUAUAUUUAAUAUAUAUAUAUAUUUAUUAAUCAAGUAUAUUUAUAUUUUGGCCCCUGUAACAUUACACAUAGUUUGAACAGUGACACUGUUUGAAUAUGGGAAAAUAAAAUAUUGUACUUUAAUCAAAGUGGUUAUUUGGUGUACCACUAGAGGCACAGUACCACAGUUUGAGAAUCCCUGUAUUGGAUAUUACAUUAACCACUAGUUGGGUAAAUGACACACACUCCCUGGCUGUAUUGACACUGCACAGAUGUGUUGGUCUUUCAUAUUUGGAAUUGCAGGUCAUAUUUGACCUGCAAUUACAACUAUUAGUUCCCUUUUUUUUUUUCUUUCUUAAAUGAUUGGCUGUGCAGAAAUAAAUAUAAAACAUACAACUCUGGUCAAUUGGCCAAAUAGCAAACAGGAAAAUACCAUUUUCCUUUUUUGGAGUUACAAAAUCCAAAUUAUCACACACUUUGAAAUUUAUAAUAUUAGUUUAUAACUUUUAUUUGAUGACACAUGAUUUCCACUCCACAAAAGACAUGUACAUCAGCCUAUCAAAUAAACAUCUUACCCCUUGUUCUGAGAAUAGUGUUGGAUUUUCCAAGUCAUAUUUUUUUAUGUGCACAACUAUGUGUAAAUAUAUAUCGUGAAAUCAAUGGAUUUAUGUUAAUCCCCGAAAGGUAUUGAAAUGGUUCCCUUCAGAUCCACUUAGAAAGGGAUGUGAUGACAAUAGAACAAGCAAUGAAGCGGACAUCCAUAUGGUUUCGCCGUUGCUUGAAUGAAAUCUGCCUGCCUUGAAAAGUCCAAACAUCUUAAACUGAAAACAGCCGUUUGAAAGCCGUUUUUAGUUUUUAUGAACGCAUAUGUAAGAAUGACGUGUCCAUAACCUCUUAAGUGGUUAACUUGCACUAUUUUAAUAACGGUCAUCGGUUUGUCAAGCAAACCUAAAAAUGUGGCAUGUUUUAUUUGAUGUUAUGCAAAGUUAAUGUCACUGGUAUAUUAGUCUUUAGUUUUUAAUGCAGUGCGUGUAACAGCUGUAAAUACUUUGUGUACAAUUUGAGAUGGUAUAUUUACUACACUGUAUAUACAUGUGAUAUUGUAUCAUUUUGUUUUUGUAAAGCAGUUUGUUUCUGUAUAAUAUACACAUUGAGCUAUUCCAGUGUUAGUAAUAAAAUGUUUUGCCCUCCA